UGGAGCGGGUCGCGAGCGGUUGCGAAAAGAGAGGAAGAAGCGGUAGAAGGUCUGCCGGGAGAAGAAGAAACAGCGGUAUCGGCGGCGGCGGCGGCGACGGCGGUGGCGACGACGACGACGACGACGGCAGCAACAGCAACGUCAGCAUCGGCAUCGGCGGUGUCUCACAGUACGCCGUAUGCGCGUCCCCGCUCGGUGCGUCGCCGUCGGCCAUUGUCUCUGACAUGGAAGCCUACCAAAAUGGCAGAGGUCGUGCAGAUGUUUUUGUUCCUAUAUAAGUCCAAGUACCGUCGGAAAGGGCAGUGGCGGCAGCGACGACGGCUGCACGGCCGCGACGAGGCUGCUGCCGCGGCGCGAGAUUGCCGGCACGAGCGGUGCCAUGGCGCGAUCGCGCUACUACCGUGGCCGUUACUGUGGGCGGCACUGGUCUGCUGCUGGGUGGUGCACGUAAGCGCCGCCGCUUCCACUUCCUCGUCGUCGCCGAGUGCGGACACGGGCUGCGACGCCGACAGCUGCCUGAACGGCGACUGUGUCAAUGGCACCUGCGUGUGCCGCGAGGGAUGGCAGGGCGCGCACUGCCAAUUCUGCGGCGGGAAAGUCAAAUUAUUGGAGAAUAGCGGGAGCAUCCACGACGGCUUCGGCAACUAUACGACGGACGUGAAGUGCUCCUGGCUGAUCACGAGCGAGUCCAAGUCCAAGAUACGCAUGCACGUGGAGCAGUUCGCGACGGAAUGCGGCUGGGACCACCUAUACAUCUACGACGGUGACAGCAUCGAGUCGCCGUUGCUCGCCGUCUUCUCCGGGCUGAUGCACAAGGACGGUUAUCACAUACGCCGCGUGCCGGAAGUAAUAGCGCGAUCCGGCAGCGCGUUGCUACACUUUUACUCCGAUGUCGCGUACAACAUGAGCGGCUUCAACAUUACAUAUAAAAUCAAUGCUUGUCCGAGCAGGUAUUCCCACACCGACUGCUCCGGAAAUGGCGUGUGCAUUGAGGGCACAUGCACCUGCGACGCCACGUGGACCGGCGAAGCCUGCGACGUGCAGGUUUGCCCCAAUAAUUGCUCGUAUUAUCACGGGCAGGGCGAGUGCGAUCGCGAGAGUCAUCACUGCAACUGCUUCAACGGGUACAAAGGUGCGGAUUGCAGUCAAAAGGGUGAUCGUGGGUUUUGGGAGAGUAUUACGUAUAAGGACCUACUGCCGGACGGCUCGGCCAGUCACUGUUCCAUCGUCUGGAAGGACUCGCUGUACGUGGUCGGCGGCGAGAGCUUUCAUCGUGCCAAGAUGAUCUACGUUUACGAUUACAACGGCAACGUCUGGGAGACGCCUCACGUGGAAGGCAAGGCGCCAGUGCCGCGUUACGCGCACUCGUGCGUGCUCUUCGGCGACAAGAUAUUCAUGUACGGCGGUGUUGUGCAGAACUCCACCGUGACCAAUGAAAUCUGGGCGUUCGACGUGUCCGCGAAGGUCUGGGAGAACGUCACCGUGCACGACAACUGCCACAAUAAGACGAUAUGCGGCCCUCUGAAGGUGGCCGGGCAUACCGCGACCCUCGUGCAGAGCCACGGCAAGAAGGAGAAGAUGGUUGUGAUAUUCGGCUAUUCGCCCCAGUAUGGUUACUUAAACACCGUCCAGGAGUACUACUUGGGUACGCGUGAGUGGCAGAUCGUGCGGACGAUCGGCUUCCCGGUGAAAGGUGGCUACGGGCACAGCUCCGCCUACGAUCCUCUCACGAAUCUCAUAUACGUGUACGGCGGCUACGUGUCGGAGUCGCAGAGCACGCAGGUGCUCACCAGCCGGCUGUACUCCUACCACCCGAACUUCCGCGAGUGGCGGCUGCUCACGUCGGCGCCGUCCGCGCGAUUCUUCCACACCGCUGCCUUCGUCUCCGGCGGGCUGAUGCUGGUGUUCGGCGGCAACAUGCACAACGACACGCAUCACUCGCACGGGGCGCGAUGCUACUCGUCCGACACGCUCGGCUACGACGUCACGUGCGACGCUUGGCAUCAGUACACCAUGCCGAGGGACAUGAACGACCUGCCACGGUACGGCCAUAGCGCGACGGUCUUCGAGAGGUCGAUGUAUAUCUUCGGCGGCUUCAACGGCGAAAUGCUGUCCGAUAUGCUGAGGUACACACCGGGGAAUUGCGAGCACAUCACGAACCAGUACCAGUGCCUGAACGCCAGGGUGGGCGUGAAGUGCGUGUGGCACAAGCGGGACGGCCGGUGUCUGCAGAUCACGAAGAUACCGCAGCACGUGCUCAAUCACAAGGAAUACGACGAUCACGACGGCAUCUACAUGAGAUGCCUGGACGAGAUGCCGCCCCGCGGCAUGACGUCCCACGAGGAGCUCUGCAAGCUCUUCAUGGACUGCGUCGCCUGCGUGCAGACCUCGUACAACUGCGUGUGGUGCGGCAAGAGCUGUUCGCACGAGAAGUGCCGGGACCAUCCGAACUCGCCGGCGUCCCGGCUCGUCAUCAAGGACCUCGAGCAGUGCGACGCCAACACCGGCGUUGAGUGCCUGCAGCUGCACACGUGCCACGCGUGCUCCAGCAAUCCGCGCUGCAUCUGGUCCUGGUCGAACGGGCCCGACCGUUGCAAGCCGCACUCGAAGACCCGAGAGGUGAGCGUAACGCUGAACGGCACGAUCCUGGCGCAACGGCUGACGAUGGACAACUGCCGGAACCCGUGCGUGGAGUACACGUCGUGCCGGAACUGCACCGAGUCCGACUGCAUCUGGUGCCAGAACGAGGCGAAGUGCGUGGACAAGAACGCGUAUCCGGCCAGCUUCCCGUACGGGCAGUGCCGCGAGUGGACGACGAUAGACGUCCGAUGCCGCGCGACGGAGACCGGCCGAGAGUGGUGCAGCUUCUACUCGUCGUGCUCGACCUGCCGUGCGGACCCCGGCUGCGGCUGGUGCGACGACGGCUCCGAGACCGGGAAAGGGCAGUGCCUGCCUGGCGGGGCCGGCGGCCCCAGCAGCAGCAGGAGCCUCAGCGCGUGUCCGAGAGAUAAUUGGUACUUCACGAAUUGUCCGACUUGCCAAUGUAACGGCCACAGCAAGUGUCUUCCAAACAGCAGUGUCUGCAUCGAGCCGUGCGGCAACUUGACCUACGGGCCGCACUGCGACAAGUGUCUCCCCGGUUAUUACGGCAGUCCGCUCAACGGAGCGACCUGUCAACCUUGCUCCUGCAACAAUCAGGGCACGCAGUGCACCAGUGAGACCGGCAAAUGUUUCUGCACGACCAAGGGCAUCAUCGGCGACCACUGCGAGCGUUGCGACGUGUCCGGCCUCUACCACGGAGAUCCUACGAACAAAGGAUCUUGUUUCUACGACUUAGCCAUCGACUACCAGUUCACGUUCAACCUGAGCAAGAAGGAGGACCGUCACUAUCGGGCGAUCAACUUCAAGAAUUCGCCACCGAAGGCCGACAUCGACGCCGAGUUCUCCAUCACGUGCUCCGUGCUCGCCAAGAUGAACGUCACCAUCAAGAAGGUGAACAGCCCGGAGAAGCCGGUGCUGCUCGGCGCGAACUGCACGACCACCAUGUACAAGCACCGCUUCAGCAAGGCGGACUACAAUUUCGGCGGCGAGGACAACAAUACCCUCACCACGUUCUACGUGUACAUGUAUGACUUCCAGCCGCCGCUGUGGAUCCAGAUCUCGUUCUCGCAGUACUCCAAGCUGAAUUUGCAGCAGUUUUUCAUUACAUUCUGCACAGAUUACAUGACACCGCACAGGUGCUUCCUCGCUCUGCUGUUGGUGGCCGCCAUUCUCUGGAAGAUUAAGCAGAAGUACGACAUGUAUCGGAGAAGACAACGACUCUUCCUAGAGAUGGAGCAGAUGGCCAGCAGGCCGUUCAGUCAGGUUCUCGUUGAGAUCGAGAGGCGCGACGUCGAGAGUUCAGACUCGGAAGGCGGCGGUGAUGCCGAUCUGAUCAAUUGCCGAAAGAAGAAAAAGACUGCUCCUAGUCCGAUCGCGUUGGAGCCCUGUUGCGGUAACAGAGCGGCGGUCCUGUCUCUGCUAGUCAGAUUGCCGACCGGCGGUGAGCCUUACACGCCAGCCGGGCAAAGCGCUGGUCUAGCUGUAGCCUCCGCUCUAGUCACGCUCGGCGCCGUACGCAGGCCGUCUCAGGAGCUGACGACGAAGGAACAGAAGAAGACGAGGAAGUCCGUCAGCCAGCACCCGGAUUCUACUUGCAUUUAGCGACAUUAAAUUUUUCGCCACGUUAAAUUUGUGUCGAGCGAGCGAGAGAGAGAGAGAGAGAGAGAGAGAUAGAAAGAGAUAGAAGAGGGGAGGGGGGGGGCGGUGUAUAUCGCGACCGGGGCGUGACGGUGAGCCUUAAGAGUUGUUUCUGUGAUCUUGCCUGCGCUUGAAAACGCGGCGGAACGGUCGACCCUUCCGUCUUCGAACUCUGGUGGAGUGAAGGGGAAGUGCGGACGACGACGACGAGGACGGCGAUUACGAGGAAAGGAGACUCGUUCGUCGGCGCGCGACUGAUCGGCGAAUCGAAUUAUUCGGAUAAUUUGAGCGCGGUUAAACCGAGGGAGCGACUCGGCUGAGAGCGUUUAACACUAAGUAGAUGUACAUAUAUGUACACACACACAUACACAUACAUAGACACAUAUAUACGACUUUCCUUAUCGAGUAGAAGGAAAGGACGCCUUCUCGCCGAGAGGAGCGAACUGCUCCAACCGGCGUUCACCAUGUCCGUCAAUCACGGUAAGUAAGGACUUUCUGUUCGGGCGCCGUGAAUAAGGAAGGCUACCUACGUGCGCUCGGAGGACGUCCGUUGACGUAAUUGCUCGGCCAAGCCUUUGAGUUCCACCUCGAUUUAAAUUAAAAGAAAAAAAGAAACACGGUGUAAAAUGUUGUGUAUAUAUAUAUAGGCGGUUUAGAGACGCGAGUCCAUCGUUUUCCUCGAAUAAUUUGCGCGACGACGCGACGCGCGGCGUCGGUCGUGCGAACGAAACUGGCCUCGUGCAUGUUCGAAGAAGCUUUCAUCCGCUGCCUCCACCGGGAAAUUAUGAAUCCAGAGGAAUUUUUUUUUGUGUGGUACGGUAGAAUAACAGGUAGACUCGUCGUCUCGUCAGAAAUUCGAGAGGGGCGUUCGGGAAAACGUCAAAAGUCACGGCUCUCGCAAGCCCGGAGCAGCCCUGUCGACGUGGCCCGUCUGGUUUCGACUGCGCAUUUUUCCGCGAAUCAUGAAUCUCAUUCGUCUUACAUUCUACCUUGCAAUUUAUCCUUUUCUCAGGUACUCGACAGACGCCAGACGGCAACAAGAGAGAGAGAGAGAAAGCGAUAAUCGCAAUUCGUAAUUUUUAACGCGCGCGGCAGGUGAAAGCUUGUCAAAUGCCAUAAGAGUUAUUAAGGGAAAAAAGAAAAAAAACAAACCAUACAUUAACGUUACUGAACACGUGAUUGAACUCGAAGAAGUACAACCGCUUCGACUUAAGCUGUAAAUAAGCUGUAUUUUUGUCCUGACCCAAUGGGAGUAUACGUGAUGCUCUGUGUGUGUGUGUGUGUGUGUGUGUGUGUGUGUGUGUGUGUGUGUGUGUGUGUGCGCGCGCCGACCAGCAAUGAAUCGUUUUGCAAAAGGGGAAAUAUUGUUUUCCCAUCUGGGCGCAAAAUUGGACGCUAGACUAGGGGGACAACAACAUUUCCCCUCGCGGAAGGGACGAUACAAUCGGUAUGUUCGACAGAGAAUUCACUAUUUCGCGCGUUCCGUUUGUAGCGGACACAUGUGUGUGUGUGUGCGUGUGCGUGCGUGCGUGCAAGGUUCAUAUUCUAAAGAAGCAAAUUGAUCGAGCCGAACAGAGAGAUAACGCAAUCGCAGACGGUGCGGAUUCGGUUCACCCAAACAGCGCACGACAUCCCACGGACAUCCCGUGGACGUCUUCAGGACAUCGGGACAUCUUCAGGACGUUCCUAGGAGAUCUGUGCUGUCUGGGUGGUCAGAGGUAACGCGGACAGCGUGUUCGUCCUCGCGCGACUGUCGCGUUAGGAUAUUGUGCCAAAUCAGCAUUUCCUUUCCCGUCGACGUGUUUUGUUCUCUCAUUCUUCCUUUCCAGAAGCGCGAAUCGUAUUUCGAUCGCGCGAGGCGAACGCCUCGACAAGUCGCGCGAUAAUCGUCCGGAAUCGGCCGAGCGAACGCUCUCUCACGAAGAUUCGUUAUCUCUAACUCCACUCUUGCCGCGACUCUCGUCGCACGAUCGGGGAAUCCGCUGAUUAAUAAUCGCCGGUGAUUCUCACCGGUGAGCAACACUCGAGCUUGUCGUUGGUCGUGCUCCGUCAUUUUUACUUAGCCUAACGAACGAAAGACGAAGUUAUAAACACGGCUGGUGCAAUAAGGCAGGCUAAGCUCUGAAACGCUUUCGUCCUGCGAAGCAUCGUUCCUGUCCUUCGGUAAUGUAACGAGCGAUGAGGAUGGAAUGACGCUUUCAGCGCGAGAGCGCCCGGGACGAGCUUGGUCUCGGUUUCACUCGGGGACUCCUCUAUUGAAGAUUUUCUGUGGAUUCCCACAGGAAUUUCCAAGGGCACUUAUCUGAAUCCAUAUGAAGGAUACUCGAUAUCCACAUAGGAAUUUUCGCAGUGCGAAAAUCCAUGUAUGGGAGUCCAUGUGAAUUGUCACCCAGGCCCGGUAUUUUUUAUCUAAACCUCUGGGAGCAACCAUGGGACUCCGUGUGGAUUUCUCACGUAAAUUCCUUAUAUGGGUUCCCAUUAACAAACUUCUAUGUGUUACUGGACUGCUAGCUUUCUUGUAUAUUGUAUAAAAAGAAUGGAUCCCGAAAAGUAUGUAUUAUAUACGAGAAAUAAGCAUCUGUACAUACGUGACGUAAGUGAAGAGUAGUAUAGAAGAGAAGUGAUGAAGAUAUAAAUGGAAGAUAUAAUGGAAAAGAUAUAGAACCGACACAGCAAAAUAUAUCACAGACAUCUGGGAAAUCUGAUUGUCAAUGUGAAAUCUUAUAGAUACUUUUCAGAUAUCACGAAGAUAUCUAUGAGAUUUCAAUAUCGGCUAUAGUUGUAUGAGAAUGUUGCGGAGAUAUCUUUUUCAAAGAAAAAAAAAACGUGAUAUCGAGUAAUGAUGUCCUGCGCAUAUUUCCUGAAUAUCUGAAAAUAUCUGAAAAUAAUAUAUCUUGGAUACAAGUUAAAAUUGCAGACAUUAAGAUACUAUCAUCUGAUUGUAUCAUCAGAUAUAUUUUGCUGGGUGGGAUAAUAUGGCCGAUGCUUACAAUCAAUCAGACAGAAUCGUCACAUUACUGUCAUACUACUUAUACGACGCAUGCGUAGGAUUUUGUACAUAUUUUUCGGAGCUAUAUAUUUCGCAGCAGUUAGUAACCUGGUGAUAUACAGAAGUCUGUGUUCCUACCUGGUUUUCUUCAAUAGGGUCGUUUACAUUGGAUGGGACUGAGUGACGGUUUCUUUUUAUUGUUUUAUUUUUUUUAUAUUUCAUACGUCACUUAUCAUGGCGAUGUUCGUCCGAGCAUUUAAUCGACGCAUUUACACGAAUUCGCAUGCUCCGUUGCGUCUGUAACGAUUGACGAUUUCAUUCCGUUUCUACGUGACAUUGUUUUUAUCUUUUUGUACAUGUACCGCGAAAAAGAGGAAGAGAGAGAGAGAGAGAGAGAGAGAGAGAGAGAGAGAGAGAGAGAGAGAGAAUUGAUUAAACUGUAUCGACGAUU